AUGCCUUUCAAGGACGGAGAUGCAAAGAAGGGUGCCAACCUCUUCAAGACACGAUGUGCUCAAUGCCACACCCUCGGCGAAGGUGAAGGAAACAAGAUCGGCCCCAACUUGCACGGCUUGUUCGGACGUCACACCGGUUCAGUCGAGGGCUUCUCAUACACCGAUGCCAACAAGGCAAAGGGGAUUGAAUGGAAUGAGGGCACUCUGUUCGAAUACCUCGAGAACCCGAAAAAGUACAUUCCUGGCACGAAGAUGGCAUUUGGUGGAUUGAAGAAGGACAAGGACCGGAACGACCUGAUCACUUUCCUCCGCGAAGAGACAAAGUAG